CCCGAUCCGGCCGAUGAAUCAGUAGCGGUUUGCGCCUCGUAUAGUGUAAACGCUUCCCUAACUUCUAACGUCGUUCAGUCGAUUCGUUCUCGAGCCUUUUCGGUCGUGAAAAUCGGCUAAGUCGGUUAUCGGUUAAAGAGACCAAAUUGAAUGAAUUCGAAUUAUCGCAGUGCUCGAACCGAUUUUAAAUCGUCGACGUUUUCGAAACGAUUUCUUUUUCUAUCGUCGGCAUCUCGAAAUCGAUCUGUUUUUUAAAUAUCAUCGCCGUUGAAGUGGCCAUUAGAUAAAUUAGUUCUUCGAAUCGUCGUAUACGUUUUUGAAUCAACUCGUCUUCGAAGCUCUACGAACAAUAAAUUAAUUCACAACAUCAAGUUUGUCACGAUUUAGUGAUAUCUGUACGGAUCUCGGGAUACUUGGCGCAGAUUAUUCCAAUAUUUCCGGGGUGAAUUGCCGACCGCAUGGUAUUUUUGUGAAACCUGACCGGUAUCGAGGUCCUUCGAGGUUCAUUGAAUAUAAAAUAAUGAAUCGUUGAAUCGCAGAUAAAGGAAAACGAAUAACGAACUAUGAUGGAACGCGUUAGCAGUGAGAAUACCAGUGAGAAUACCAGUGAGAAUUCCAGUGAGAAUACCAGUAAGACGCAGGAGGGUCCGAGGACACAAAACAUGGAGUCCACCAAAUUCAAACAAUGCGGAGUGCGUGAUAUAAUUAUCAAUGAAGUGCAAGGACAAAUGCAGGAAAUUAGGCAAGACAUUUUGGAGAUCAUUAACAGCCAAAUGAACGACAUGAUAUCGGAAAUAAUGAGCAGAUUCAAUUCAACGGAGUUGAAAGAUCUAACGGAGUCCGAGAAAUACUCUAACAGAACGAAGCCAACAAAGGAGAACACGUUACCUACCAAACAGUUUCUUCAAAGAAAUUCUCUAUUGACCGACCUGUACGAGAUUAAACAUAUUCGUACCCUUUAUAAUGCCAUCGUAGCAAUGUUGAUAAUUCUCUUAAUACACACCGCUGUGUACGAUAUCCGUCACAUAGGCUCGCCUAACCUCGGCAUCGACACAGUGCGAGCUGGUUUUGCCAAAUUUCCAAUAGUAUUGCUCAUUUGGACCCUUAUGAAGUUAUCGGUUCUAGGAGUAUAUCCCACUUUCUGUUGUUGGGCCACUCAUCGCCUCAAAUACGAGCCAAAUUCUUUUGCCAAAAAAGUUUGGGAUUACACAUGGCUGGCAGGCAUCAUCCUAUAUCUGACUUCCUUAUUUAUACUUCCUACCAAAGCUUUACUCGACAACGAUUUGCCCUUUGCAUCUAGCAUGAUCAUUCUUAUGGAACAAGUCCGGCUAGUCAUGAAGAUUCAUGCAUUCAUAAGAACCAUAGCACCAAAAUUUUUGUCCUUUAAACCUCAUUCAGAUACACCAACACCACAGCCACCUGAUUUUUCCAAGUAUCUCUAUUUCUUGUUCGCGCCAACUCUCAUUUACCAAGACAGAUAUCCUAGGUUGAAGCGCAUUCGAUGGAACGUCGUUCUGUCCAAUUUCGUCGAAGUAAUAACGAUCAUCAUUUUCGUUGCGCUUCUCUACGAGCGAUUGUUGUAUCCAAACUAUCGGGAUUUUGGGAAACAUCCAGUCGAGAUGGGAAAAGUGAUGCUGAAUAUUCUCAGCUCGAUGCUGCCUGGCAUUUUAAUGUUCGUCUGCGGUUUUUAUCUUCUCCUGCAUUGUUGGAUGAACGCUACCGCUGAACUGUUACGAUUCGCUGACAAAAUGUUUUAUAAAGAUUGGUGGAACUCGAUCUGCUUCAGCACCUAUUAUCGAACCUGGAACAUCGUGGUACACGACUGGUUAUACACUUACAUUUACAAGGACAUGUACGAGAUCCUGACUCCAGGAAACAGGACUAUAUCUACUUGUGCGGUCUUCGCUAUCUCGGCGAUCAUUCACGAAUACAUCCUCAGCUUCACCAUCCAUUUCUUUUAUCCAGUUAUGCUGAUUCUUUUCGGUGUUAUUGGCCUCACGGUCGUGUUUGUAUUAAAGACUGCUGGAAACGUCUUCCUAUGGUUCAGCUUGAGCGUAGGUAAUGGAGUAAUGGUUAGCUUAUACUGCAUGGAGUAUUUCGCCAGGAUCAAUUGUCCUCCGGUUCGAGACGAUAUCUGGGACGUUUUCAUCCCCAGAAGUUGGACGUGUAUUUUUAAGUGAGGGAUAGCGAAUAUUUUAAGUUUUAUUCGAAUAGACACUUUGAAUAUGUUGUGAACGUGUUUGUGUAAGGAUUUUUGCCAGUGGUUAUUGAAUUCUAGAUAUAUUUGAAGAACGGUAUAACCGAAGCUGUAUAAAUUAGUAUAGAUAAAUCGUGAAUUAUCUGAAGCAGAAGAAAUUAAACACAAAGCACUGCGUAAAGCUAUAAUACAUAUAUAUGUACGAUGUGCAAUUUAUGUUUCAUGAGUUGUAUGUUAUGAAUUAUAAAAUACCAUCUCUUUAAUUUUAAAGAGAUGACUCAGGAAUAAAAGCCAUGAAUUGUAACUAAGAAAGAAAUCAUAAUCUUUUAAUUAGAAAAAGAAAAAUGAUAAUGUUUGUAUGCUAGGUAUCAAUGUGUAAAUGAAUCAUGUAAUACUCCCAUCCAUAAGCUUUCGAGCAUUUAUACGUUUGCGGAUUUCGCAUAGAUUUCAAUUUCUUUUACGGAUUUAUUGCGAUAUCCUAAGAUCUUGAUGUUGAUGAAAUUAUCGAGAUGAUAAAAGAAAGUUUCACAUAAGUUUCUCUUCCGUCUGUUUCUUCACGAUGCGAUCUAUUUGAUAUGUUUAUUUCUUGUGAAAUUUGGUAUUUCUAUAUCUUCAGAUAUCUUUAGAUGGUAUCAACCAUUUUAUAUUAAUUUAUUAAUUAAUUUUGAAUAGAAUUUAGUUGUUAAUAAAUAUUAUUUAUACUAUCUAAGAAUAUCGUGAUUACAGUAACAUGAUUAUAGUAACAUGACCGAUUCGUUAAAUUGACCUUUGUAAAAUGUUUAUGCGAAAUCUGCAAACACGUAAUACUUAUGGAUUUUAUUAUAAGUCCAAAUAGUUAUGGAGGGAGGUGUAUACGUAUAUGUAUGAAACAAUGAAAUAAACGACUAUUAUUUGUUUU